AUGGCAACAAUUAAAAAAACGGCUUCAUCUUCGAAUCUAAGUAAACCAAUGGCCGAAAUGGUUAAAUCGGCAAUCGAACAUCAUAGUGAUGAACGCUUAGGACCGUCAUUGGCUGCUAUCAAGAAGUUUUUGAUCGAGCAUUACAAUGUUGAUAUGAAGAAGAAAGCUCAUCUUUUACGACGUCAUCUUGAAACAUCAGUGGCCAAAGGAUAUUUAGUUCAAACUAAAGGCAUUGGAAUAAACGGUCGUUUUAAGUUGGCUAAAAUAAAAGAUUCUAAAUCAAAAUUGGCAAUGACUAAGGUUAAAAAUGAUCAUGAUUUGGAUUCGGAAUCAACGUCCACAUCAAAAAAAAUCAAAUCAACAGCUUCUAAACCGAUAGUCCAAGCUCAAAAGUCAAUGGUAAUCGUUAAAGAAAAGAAGGAACCUAUGAAUAAGAAGAAAGCUAGCCUAAUUAAAAAAAAGUGA